GUUAGAGAUAAACAUAGAAACAGCUAAUGACAGCAUUGGUAGCGGUAGUACAGGGGAUCAAGGCGUUCGAGAAAUGGACAUGCAUGUGGUGUAAAGAGAAACCAAGGCUGCCUCUGCUGCUUUGAACAUACUCAAAUUAAAUACCAAUGUUUCCUAUGCUAACAGUUCUGAGCAUGUUUUACUAUAUCUGCCUACGGCGCCGGGCCAGGAUAGGGACAAGAGGAGAGAUCAUGAACAGUCGCCGAGCCAUUGAGUCCAACCAGCGAACACUACCUCUCGCUGUCGAAGUGGAACAGUAUGUCAAAGAAAUUGUCGACUUUAGUUCUCACUAUGGCAGCGAGAACAGCAUGUCUUACACCAUGUGGAACUUGGCUGGCAUGCCCAAUGUCUACCCUAGUUCUGGCGAUUUCACACAGACAGCAGUUUUUAGGAUGUACGGUAAAUGGUGGGAGCAGUGUGCCAGUGCGCCCCAGCCCUUUCGAAGAACACCGGAAAAGUUUCAGAGUCAGGACUAUGUAGAGCUGGCUUUUGAGGAGCCUGUUUACCCCACGUCCAUUGAUAUUCUUGAAACCUACCACCCUGGGGCUGUUAUUCGGAUCCUUGCCUGCUCACUCAACCCAUUCUCUCAGAAUCUACCAGCAGAAAUAAGAUGGGAGGUACUGUGGUUGGGAGAGCCGUCAAAAAUGGUCACACAUCAGGCUCGUCAGUUCUCACCGUGCAUCAAGCAAAUAAACUUCCCUACCAACCUAAUACGUUUAGAAGUGAACAGCUCGCUGCUGGAGUAUUACACUGAGCUGGAUGCUGUUGUUCUACGUGGAGUGAAGGAGAGGCCUUUACUGUCCCUGUACAAGAUGCCAGUGAUAGAUAUCAACGAUUUUAGUGACAGCGACGAAGAAAAGGAUGCUCAUGAAGCAGAAAGACUACGUAAGCAGUUUGGAGACACAGACAUUAAUGAACACACCAAUAAUGGAUACUUUGAUAAACUUCCCUACGAGUUGAUUCAGCUGCUUUUAGAUCAUCUCACUAUCCCAGACCUGUGCAGGUUGGCACAGACCUGUAAGCUGCUGUACCAGCACUGCUGCGACCCCCUGCAAUACAUCCAGCUGAGUUUACAGCCAUACUGGGCACGAGUGAAUGACGCCGCUCUCGACCACUUGCAGUCACGCUGCACCCUGAUUCAGAGACUCAAUCUGUCAUGGAGUGGAAACAGGGGAGCAAUCUCUGUACCCGGGUUCUGCAGGUUUUUGAAAGUGUGCGGUUCCCAGUUGGUGUGCCUUGAGUUGGCAUGCUGUCAUUUCCUGAACGAGGCCUGUCUGGAAGUUAUUGCUCAGAUGUGCCCGAACCUUCAGGAACUGAACCUCUCAUCCUGUGAUAGACUACAUCCUCAGGCUUUCAGCCACAUUUCCAAACUGGUGGGCUUGAGACGUCUCAUACUAUAUCGCACAAAAAUUGAGCAAACGGCUCUGCUCAGCAUUCUGACUUUUUGCACUGACCUUCGGCACCUUAACCUUGGCAGCUGUGUCAUGAUUGAGGAUUAUGAUGUAAUUGCAAGCAUGCUAAGUGCAAAGAGCAAAAAUCUAAAAUCCUUGGAUAUCUGGAGGUGUAAAAACAUUACAGAGAAAGGAAUCAGUGAGCUGGUAUCAGGGUGCCGGUUGCUUGAAGAGCUGGACCUCGGCUGGUGCUCCACACUGCAGAGUAGCACUGGCUGCUUCGUGCAUCUGGCUCGACACCUUCCAAAGUUGCGCAAGUUCUUUGUCACUGCAAACAGAACUGUGUGCGACACAGAUGUGGAGGAGCUGGCAGCCAACUGCCCAAACCUGCAACAUCUAGACCUUCUGGGAACUAGAAUGGUGAGCCCAGCAUCGUUGAGAAAGCUGCUUCAGUCAUGCAAGAAUCUCCUCCUGCUUGAUGUGUCCUUCUGUUCCCAGAUUGAUACCCGGGUGGUGCAGGAGCUGACUGUCCAGUUCCCCAAAGUGUCCAUCAAAAAAAGCUUUACCCAGUGACCUCCCUGACCCUGUAUUGACAUCUCAGGGGAUGGAGCAAAGUACCGUUUCAUAUGGGUGCGCUGAGAUCAACAUGCAAAUGUUUAAUGUGUAGCUCAUGUACUCAUGUGUACUAGAGGGCCCUAGUCACAAAACUUGGAGUUAUUUUUGUAAUGUUAUUGUAUAUCAAAACUCUUUCAGCACAAAGUAACUCUACAUUAACACUACCCCCAUGGUAACCAAUCAAAUGGAUCCAAGUUAGUAUAAUCAGUAAGUUUACUGAUAUGAAUGAUUUAAGUGAAGUUAUCCACCCUGUACUACUAUAAUGAUCUGCAAUUUUGAGUGGGGUUAUCUUUCAUACAUGAUUAAAGGUCUGCAUUGUUGAAAGAGUUAGACGUCAACAGCAGUUUAGAAGAGUUCAUGAAUUUCAAGCUAUAUUUUAUGUAUAAAAUCAUUCUUUAAAUAGUUCAUCGUAUGAAGCUUAGAAUGUGUCCCAUAAGCUCUACUAGACGAAUAUCCAGUAUGUUUAAUUUGCCCCUGAUAAAGGAGUUCUCAUAUAUAGGAUCCUGGUUCCUGGAAGUAGUAUAUUAAAAAUCUGUGCAAUACUGAUGUUUUCUAUCAAACAGGUUUGAUUUUCAUUCUUAAAUACCUAAAAGCAGACCAUAAAGAUAUUGAUGUAGGAUGAGUAUUUCGUUUGCCUAAAUCUGUUAAACAGAUAAUAGAAAAUUAGGUUAAGGUGGAACUCAGGGUUUCCUUUUUUUUCAUCUUUGCUUGGUUUUAUAAAAUAUGUUUUUGUGUAACACAUAUUUUAUUUUUUAACUCAAUAAGCAUGACUGCAGAAGAUAACAUUAAAUCUGACAUUUGCACUACACAUUAUUAAAGCCUAUAUACCUUUAGCUCUUUAAAAGCAAAAUACUUUACAAUAGUCAUCAGAUCAGAAAGCAGCAACAUUAUUAACAUUGAAAACUAAAAAAUAUUUUUCAUAGAUUCAAAAUAUAUCACAGUGGAAAACCAAAGAGUCUAUUCUUUUUUUUUUUUUUUUUUUUUUUCUGUGAUUCUGUAUGAUGGAUAUGUUAUGGUACAAGUUUGAAUCUGGUAAAUCUUAAGUUUUGCCGGUAACUGUCAACAUUUACCAAGCAAGCUGGUAAAUGCACGGAACUAUGAAUAAAUAUAUUGCUUUUUGGACAUUUACCGAUUAAUCUUAUGAUUUACCAAAGCUUAUUGAUAAAGGCGCUUGGUUAUUCUUGAAAUGUACCGAUGGUUGUCUACAGUAAAACGUUAUCAUGUUUAUUUUGGACAUUUACCAGUAAAUCUUGAGAUUUGCCAAUAUUCUGACUUACCAUAACAGAGACAUAUUUCACAUUCUUUGUGCCUUAUAAUAAUGAGGUCAUUUUUUGGGUUGCCCCUAUGAAUUGUACAAAGACUUGUCUUAGGUAAAAAGACUUCUCAUUUGAUUUUCUUGUGACAGGUCACUGUAUAUUUCUUUUAGAUAUGGAUUUUUUAACAAGUACAGGGGAACCCUACAUUCUGAAAGUGCUAUGUCAUGUCAAGAUAAGAUGGAAUUGUAAUUUCUGCAAGCAUACAAUAAUGUAGAAACUUGAUCUUGGAUUUACCAGAGUAGUUAAUUUUGAAAUGUUGCUUGUGCUACUUUUUAUUUUUGGGGCAAUGAUUUAUUUAUGAGAAAUCUAAAUGUAAUUGAAAUAAUUUUGACAACCCUGCAAUGACAAUUGGAUACAUAUUGGGAUUAAUUAAGUUUUAUCUCUUUCAGUUUUUAUUUUAUUUUACUUUUUAAUCAGA